UGUUAACAUCUGAUUAUGGCUGUCACUUUUUAUUUAUUUCCAUUUGCCACUUUUGUGGAAAAUAUUUUGUUCAAAUCGGAAGAGAAGACAUUUGAUCAAAAUAACCGAAAUGGGUGCAAGGCGUGAUGUUGCGACACUUCUUCAGCGUGUGCGUGCAUUCCUGUUGGGCCGCGAACACACUUUGGCUGUGCGUUUUGAAGAUGGUCUAGCCGAUCGUACGCAGCCUCCACCUGAGGUGCCUGGUGGUCCUGCACAUUUAUUAGCUGCAAACUACUACCACAAGCGUGACCCACGGCGGGAGGUGCAACCACCCAUCGAUGUGCAGCAACAGCUAUUAGCAGACAAGGCGGGCGCACAAACAGAAAAACUGCCAACACCUGGAUCAGUCUACCGCUGGGAUUAAAUUAGAAGUAGAAACGCGCGGCUAAAAUUAUAAAAUGAUAUGAAAACUCUCUUUUUCUGAAAAAUAUAAACAAAUCCUAACUUACAAUAUUAGCGAAUA